CCCGGCGCACCCGAUUUGCGUCACUUCCUAUGAGGUAUAGAGCAGGAGCCGGACGUGUCUCCAUCGCUGUCGGUGGGGAGCGGGGAGCGGGGAGCGACGGCGCCAUGGUGGAGGAAGUCCAGAAGCACUCUGUGCACACACUUGUGUUCAGAUCUUUGAAGAGAACCCAUGAUAUGUUUGUAGCUGAUAAUGCCAAACCUGUACCAUUAGAUGAUGAAAGCCACAAAGUAAAGAUGGCAGUCAAGCUGCGUACUGAGUACGGCUCAGUAUUGCACAUGCCUACUCUUAAAGAAAACAUGAGAGAGAAAGGAGGCCCAGCCACUGGGGAUCCAUAUGGACAUAAACAGUAUUCCGGAAAUGAAGGAGAAGAACUGGAGUAUGUGAUAACUGGCACACAUCCAUAUCCACCUGGGCCUGGUGUGGCUCUGACAGCAGACACUAAGAUCCAGAGGAUGCCGAGUGAAUCUGCAGCUCAGUCCUUAGCAGUAUCUCUUCCUGCUUCUCAGUCCAGGUUGGAUGCAAAUCGGACAGCUGCUGGUGUGGGUGAGAUUUACAGACACGCUGGGAUAUCUGAGCGUUCACAGCCUCCUGGGAUGUCUGUGGCUAUGAUGGAAGCUGGCGGAAACAAAAAUUCUGCAUUAGUACCAAAGAAGGCUCCAACCAUGCCCAAGCCUCAGUGGCAUCCACCUUGGAAACUGUACAGAGUUAUCAGUGGUCACUUGGGCUGGGUGAGAUGUAUUGCGGUAGAACCAGGAAAUCAGUGGUUUGUUACUGGCUCAGCUGACAGAACUAUUAAGAUUUGGGACCUUGCUAGUGGCAAGUUGAAACUAUCUUUGACGGGACACAUUAGUACUGUACGAGGUGUGAUAGUAAGUGCAAGAAGUCCAUACCUCUUUUCCUGCGGAGAAGACAAACAAGUGAAAUGCUGGGAUCUUGAAUACAAUAAGGUUAUCAGACACUACCAUGGUCAUUUAAGUGCUGUCUAUGGUUUAGACUUGCACCCAACAAUAGAUGUCCUGGUAACGUGUAGCAGAGAUUCAACAGCACGAAUUUGGGAUGUGAGGACAAAAGCCAGUGUGCACACGCUCUCAGGACACACAAAUGCUGUAGCAACAGUGAAGUGCCAAGCUGCAGAACCACAAGUUGUUACAGGCAGUCAUGAUACUACCAUACGACUUUGGGAUUUAGUGGCAGGAAAAACUCGUGUUACUUUAACAAACCAUAAGAAGUCUGUAAGAGCAGUAAUAUUACAUCCAAGACAUUAUACAUUUGCAUCUGGUUCUCCAGAUAACAUUAAGCAGUGGAAAUUCCCAGAUGGAAACUUCAUUCAGAACCUCUCUGGUCACAAUGCUAUUAUCAACACAUUGACUGUAAAUUCAGAUGGAGUUUUGGUCUCAGGAGCUGAUAAUGGUACUAUGCAUCUUUGGGACUGGAGAACUGGCUACAAUUUCCAGAGAGUACACGCAGCCGUACAGCCAGGCUCUUUGGACAGUGAAUCAGGAAUAUUUGCUUGUGUUUUUGACCAGUCUGAAAGCAGAUUGCUAACUGCCGAAGCUGAUAAAACCAUAAAAGUGUAUAAAGAAGAUGAUACUGCGACUGAAGAAACUCAUCCUAUCAGCUGGAAGCCAGAAAUUAUCAAGAGGAAGCGAUUUUAAUGCAGCAACAUACUUGUGCUAUAUUGUCUUCUUUUUGUCUUUUUUGAGAGCUUUCAGUCACAUUUUGUUCUGCCUACAACAGAAGUGCAGGAAGUCAGCCAGUCUUUGCUUUUUCAGUCUGUUUUCCAAUAAAUUUUAUUUCUUUCUUUUUGUCUUUUUUUUUUUUUUUUUGAUUGUGUGAUCCUGGCAAACAGGUUGCAGCUGUCAACCUUCUUUUUGUGGAGCAUGUGCUGCUGUUCAUGAAGAGGAUAAAUGUACAGGUGGUUACUUGUUUUAUAUGCGUCUACUGAGCGUGAAUCUGAAAAGAUUUUGGUGAGCUGGAAGGCCCUUGCUUUGUUCCUAAAGUAACUGAAUUCACCCUAGAGUCCAUCUACAGGAAACUUCUUGAGUGACACUUUUAGAUUGUAGAGCAAUGUUGUUUACUGUGUUUGUGUUUAGUAAAUACUGUAAUGGAACAUUAAAUAUGCUCAAUUGCAAAAUAACAGGUUAACCAAUAAAGAAAUGGGAUAUUACAGUAAUAAUGUAGUUUCCUUGGACGGCACCACACUGGCAAUCCUCAGUGGCUUUGUUAUUGAAUCAAAUUGACUUUCCAAGAGUUUCUUUCCCUAGGAAAGCUUUCAUAUGCAACUCCAUAUCUUUGCUUAUUUCAUUUUGCAGUGGACCUGAUAUAAUGAGAGCCACUGUCAGAUUAUAUUGCUUAGUUAGCACGGGGCUAGGACCAGUUGACUUUAUAAAUCACGUGUCAUGCUUUCUUUCAGUUAUCUGAAGUAUUUGUGACAUUCAGUUACAGGGAACUCCUAAACCUGAGUUCUGAAGAAAAGCUCUUAAGUGAUUCCAGUCUUAAUUUUAUUUAGUUUUGUCUCCCUGUGAUCUUACAAAGGGUUUAAAGUACGUAUAUGCAUGUAUGUAUAUACACACCCUGAAAGUUUACUAAUACUCCUGAAGGGGCAAAUGUGUCAUUGUGUUUACCACAGUCAUGCAACUAGCAGUAUCCAUGUAAUGCUCUUUGCUGCAGUUUCUCUUUGUUGUUAAUAAUGUUCAUCACCACCUACUAAACUUUGUUCUUCAGAUUGUUACACUUGAGAACAAAAUAGAUGGGAAUUAUGGUGUUCUUAGAAUAGAAAAAUAGAAAGUUUUAAAAACAUGGAUUGAAAACAAGCAUUCACUUCAUGAACAGCCGUAAUAAUUUCAGUUUACUUAAAAUAACUUUCAGGAAUUCUAAAAAUUAAGUUUUUAUUUUCUUGUGAUGUUUAGACGUGAUGUUUCAAUGGGAGAUGGGAAGGGAGAAGAGUGAACUACAGUAAUGUGCGCAAUCCCCUUUAGAAUCAUAGAAUGGCCUGGGUUGGAAAGGACCAAAAUGAUCAUAUAGUUUCAACCCACCUGCCAUAUGCAGGGCUGCCAGCCACCAGACCAGGCUGCCCAGAGCCACAUCCAGCCUGGCCUUUAACCUGCUUCUCUUUGGGUAUCUGCCUGGCCUGCAGUUCCUCACUCAUACAGCAUUAGUUUUCUUGCUGUCUUAGAGCACGGAGAAAAGUACACUGCUUAUCCUUCAUUAAAAAGUGAACGUUAAUAGAAGAUAUUCACAGGUUGAAUUCCUCUUCAGAACCUGUGUUUCUUCCCUGAAGGAAUCUGCUCGCACAGAAGCAGUAGUUGCCACAAUGUUCUCUGUAGUGCUGUUGGUAAAGAUGAGGUUUAGAAGUGAAAGGCUGCGUCACCACUGUGUUGAAUUGUCCUUUUCCCUUUUGGCUCUGUAAUAUGCUGUCCCAGUUCUCAGUGUGACUUGUUUUUUUUUUUCUCAGUGUAUUCUUUACCAUUUGAUUUGCAUGUUCCUUUCCUUCCCGAAUGUUUUUUCUUCCACUAAUGUGAAUAAUGUAACAUAUACUUGUGUAAUUAUUAUCCAAGACAUUGAGAUUCAUUUAAAAAGAGAUAAAUCAAAGUUCAUCUGAGUGCUUCUGUAGUGCAAAGUAAGCCAAGAUGGUGAGCUGAUGCACACAAGUCUGAUUGUGUAGGAUGCACAGUGAGAUUAGAUUUGCCCACGUGGUCUGGAGGUAAAACCAGAUGUCAUCCUUGGGAUAUAUUUUACAUGCUGCAGUGUGAGUUAAAGGAAUUCUGCAAUGGAGUCUCAGCUUAGACAAUUGGUACAUCAUGAUAUCUGAUGUCUCCUGAAUGGGAUCAAAUCAUGAACAUUUCUGACGCAAAGCUCGGGGUUUGUUUUAUACUGUACAGAGUUGCAGAGGAAUAAGAAAAUGGGCUGUUUGUGUGUGGUUUUUUUUUUCAAUGUAAUAAUUUUUACAAAUGCAUAACCAGUAAAAGUGAUAAAUUCUAAGAUCACUCUUUGCUAUAUAAUAAGGCAUAUGACAUAAGCUCCGCAGCUGGAGUGCUGUCAUUUGCUACAGCCUGAAAGUUGUGCAGAACAGUAUGUAGUUGGCAGCCUAAAGGCUUACAGAAGUAAAUCUUUAACAGGCAUUUUCUUGGUCCUGUUAGAUAAGAAUUAAAGUGUCCGCCUGAUAUAAGUGACAGCAUUUUAGCCAUCAAUAAAACCUUCAAUAUGGUA